GGCUGACAGUUCCCGUUAGAUUUUGAUUUCGACGCAAACGUAAACAUCAACAAUUUGCGGUGUUUCGUGAAUUUCCUGCAAAGAAAUGCAAAUAAAUCGAUAAAAUCCGUGAUAAUCUGUGGUGAAAUCCAUAUAAAAGUUCCCAGGUAGUGUCCAGAAACACCCGAAACCCCAAAACGAUGGGUUUCGUGCAGCGAGCGCUCUUCACCUGGUUCAUCAUCCUGGUUUUUCUGAUUCUACUUUGCCUCCGACUGGAAAGCCGAAUCAACUGGAACUGGUUCAUCGUUUUCAUCCCGCUCUGGCUGUACGACACCAUCCUGAUCACCUGGGUGGUCAUUGAAAUCAUCCAGCGCCAGCAUGCGAACCGGUUGAUCUCGUUCCGGCACUACGAGUACUACGUGGCCGGAAUUCUGCUGAAAAUCCUCUCGCAGAUUGCCAUCUGCCUGAAGCUGGAGUAUAACAACAUUCCGCUGUACGCGAUGAUGAUUCCCAUCUGGUUGCUGCUGGCCAUGCUGGUGGUCUACAUUGGGACCAAUCUGCAGCCGAAGCCACGCUCGCUGGGCUCGAACAAGAGCAGCCGCCAGACGACGGCCGCCUCGUCCUAGGGAUACGUCCGGGUGAAGCUUCGAGUUUCGCCCUCGCCCAGGAGGGGUGCUGAGGAAGCUCCGGAAGGCACCCUCUGGGGAUUCUAGCUAAUCGACUGCUGAUUGCGCGUGAGUAGCUUUUUCCAUUUACCUACGUUUGAACUUGGGUAACGACGAUGAGAAAUUAUGUUGCUGGUUGGGGAUGAAUCGGUAACAGCAACUACUGAACGAAUUAUAGGACUGUUUAGGCUCAUGAAAUUCUCAUAGUAUUGUAAGAUAUAACAGUAGGUAGAAUUAUAUGGAUUAUAACUGA